AUGCAGGGACCUAAAUACUAACAGCAAAAUAUUCAGGAACUUUGCAGAUCAAAUUUUGAUGAUGAUGAAGAUCCAGAAAUAGAUCAAGAUGUUAGGUUUGAUAGAUUUGGAAACCCAAUCAAUAAAUAAUUAAAGUUUCACAUUUGUUUUAGAGAUGAAAUUCUUCCUUCUCAAUAAGUGUUUGAUAUUCAUGUAGUUGAAAAUUGGAAACUCAAUAAUUUGAUUGAAGAUAAAGAGGAAUCGGAUGCUUGCUGUAAACAAUUAUGUUAGAUUAUAUGA